GAGCUGUUUCCGGCGGGAGCCGGAAGACGCUGUUUGUGGACGGAAUUCGGGGCCGACUGACGGACGGAAGGCUGCCCGGGACUGGAAGGUUAAAUUGAUUAUCUACCCAGCACAGCAUCUUACAGGAAGAACAUUGUAUUUCUUAGAGGAAUGUGAGCAUAGCAGGAAGGUGUCAUUGACUUUCAAUUAAAUUUGAACUUGUCUGCUGAACAGCUACAGGGUUUGGAAGCAGAAUCAAUGUUAUCAGAUGAGUUAGAAUCCAAACCAGAGCUCCUGGUACAGUUUGUUCAGAAUACAUCCAUCCCGUUGGGACAGGGACUAGUAGAAUCAGAAGCUAAAGACAUUACUUGCUUGUCUCUCCUUCCGGUGACUGAGGCCUCAGAAUGCAGCCGGCUAAUGUUACCAGAUGAUACUCCAAAUCAUACUAAUUCCUCCAAGGAAGUCCCUUCCUCGGCUGUAUUGAGGAGCCUUCAGGUGAAUGUGGGCCCAGACGGAGAGGAGACAAGGGCUCAAACUGUACAGAAGUCCCCGGAGUUUUUGUCCACUCCAGAGUCUCCUAGCUUGUUGCAAGAUCUACAGCCAAGUGAUAGCACUUCUUUUAUUCUUCUUAACCUAACAAGAGCAGGUCUGGGCUCUUCAGCUGAACACUUAGUGUUUGUACAGGAUGAGGCAGAGGAUUCAGGGAAUGACUUCCUCUCCAGUGAGAGCACGGACAGUAGCAUUCCAUGGUUCCUCCGGGUUCAGGAGUUGGCCCAUGACAGUUUGAUUGCUGCUACUCGUGCACAACUAGCAAAGAAUGCAAAAACCAGCAGCAAUGGAGAAAAUGUCCACCUUGGUUCUGGCGAUGGGCAACCCAAAGAUUCUGGGCCACUUCCUCAAGUGGAAAAGAAGCUCAAGUGUACAGUUGAAGGCUGUGACCGGACAUUUGUGUGGCCAGCUCACUUCAAGUACCACCUCAAAACUCAUAGAAAUGACCGCUCCUUCAUCUGCCCUGCAGAAGGUUGUGGGAAAAGCUUCUAUGUACUGCAGAGGCUGAAGGUGCACAUGAGAACCCACAAUGGGGAGAAGCCCUUUAUGUGCCCUGAGUCUAGCUGUGGUAAGCAGUUCACUACAGCUGGAAACCUGAAGAACCACCUGCGCAUCCACACAGGAGAGAAGCCUUUCCUUUGUGAAGCCCAAGGAUGUGGCCGUUCCUUUGCUGAGUAUUCUAGCCUCCGAAAACAUCUGGUGGUUCACUCAGGAGAGAAGCCUCAUCAGUGCCAAGUCUGUGGGAAGACCUUCUCUCAGAGUGGGAGCAGGAAUGUGCAUAUGAAAAAGCAUCACUUGCAGCUGGGAGCAGCUGGGAGUCAAGAACAAGAGCAAACUGCUGAGCCACUCAUGGGCAGUAGUUUGCUUGAAGAGGCUUCAGUACCCAGUAAAAACCUGGUGUCUGUGAAUUCCCAGCCCAGCCUUGGUGGAGAGUCCUUGAACCUACCAAAUUCCAGUUCUAUCCUGGGAGUUGAUGAUGAGGUGCUUGCUGAAGGAUCCCCACGUCCCCUGUCUUCAGUGCCUGAUGUGACACAUCACUUGGUGACCAUGCAGUCAGGGAGGCAAUCAUAUGAAGUUUCUGUCUUAACUGCAGUAAAUCCACAGGAGGUAGGCUUAUCAUAUCCUCCAAUACCUUCACUUUUUUCAAGCUACAAGUCCCUCAAGACUCCAGGCUUAGUCAUCUUCCUCAUCCAAGUUACUAAACCAAGGAGACUUAACUGAAAGACGGACAUGAACGUGGGUGCUGACUCCAGGAAGAGCAGCUCUAUCUGAUUGCAGAGUGCAUAUAGUGGGAACAGGAUGAUCUGCCAGAACCAAAAUGAAUGUGUGAAGGACAAGACCCCACUUUUGCCUCAGUUCAUCUUCCCUGGCAUAGAAGAUGGAUGUAGGAGAGGUUCUCUUCAAACUACCAUCCAGUCCAGAUAAGGAAUGAAGCAGUGACUGUGGGCUGGGUAACUGUACCUACCUUUCUUCCCACUGCAAGUUUUUGGGAUGGACUUCUCCCAAAAGUGAAUUUGUUUAUGUGUUGGCUGAAGUUUUCCAUUGUGACUGAGGGGAGGUUUUCCUUGGAAGAGUUCACGUAGAUGAACUGAGGCCUGCCACCAACCACAGAACUUCACCAGGAAGUUGAGUUUUCAAGAUGCCUUGUUGCUUUGAAGAAGGGAGUGAUGUCAUUUCUGUUGUGACAUUCUCCCUUUAGCAACCUGAGUAAGAGACUCUGCCACUGGGCUGCAAAAAAUAAAUUACUUGAAUCUCCCCUUGGCCCAGGCUGAGGUAAUAUCUUGUCCUGCACACCUCUACUUACUUGGUCACUUUGCCACUUUGCUUUCUUUGUUUAUGGAACAUAUAGUAGCAUGUUAGGUUUUUUUUAAGUUAAAAAUUACAUUAUUCAGAGCUUCAGUUUUCUCUUUAAAUAAACAAAACAGCCCAGUCA